AGUUGCUUGCAUAUUCGCGCGUUUUUUUGACAUCACUGAAGUUAACCUGUUAUUACCUGUUUGUUUUUUUGUAACGACGAUUUCUAUCGUUUAUUUGUGAAUUUAACUUUUAUUUAGUUAUAUCAUUCAUUAGUUUUGUGGUAAUUUUAAGUUCAAACAAUGAGUUCUCCAGCCCCCGACACGCCAUCAGAGCGAGAUGGAGCGCGUUCCCGCAUGACAUCACCGGCACGAGACUAUGAGAUGUUUGAGGAUGAGGGCGCCAUCCUCGGAGACAACCCUGAGGAGGAAGAGGAUGAUGGAGAGGAACUCUUCAAUGAUAAUAUGGAGGCUGACUACCGCCCCAUGCCAGCACUGGACCGCUAUGACGCAGAGGAUUUGGAUGAAGAUGACUAUGAUCCCAUGUCCAUACAAGACCGAGUGGCUGCUGAACAGGAGCUCCGGAGAAGGGACAGGGAAGAGGGACGCACUAGGAGGGAUGACCGCGACUUGCUGUAUGAUGAGUCUGACGAGGAAAGCACAGGAGCCCCGAGGGCGAAGCGCCGCCGCGCCGCAGAGAAGGCCGCCAUGGGGUCAGAUGAACAAGUGGAGGAGGGAAUAGAGAGUAUUGAGAACUUGGAAGACACUAAGGGUUAUACUACUAAGGAGUGGGUCUCUAUGCUGGGACCUAGGACUGAGAUUGCUAACAGGUUCAAAAACUUCCUCCGCACAUACACGAACAGUAAAGGCCAGUUCGUCUACAAGGAGCGUAUCCGUCGCAUGUGUGAACACAACCAGGCUUCCUUCCAUGUGGAGUUCGACGUACUGGCUCGCAGGGAACAAGUGUUAGCUUACUUCUUGCCUGAAGCGCCUUUUCAGAUGCUGCAGAUUUUUGAUGAGGUAGCAAAAGACAUAGUGCUCCAAAUAUUCCCUAGCUACGAGCGAGUGACUUCCGAAAUCCACGUCAGAAUAUCAGACUUACCACUCAUAGAAGAGUUGAGAACAUUCCGGAAGCUACAUUUGAACCAACUCGUGAGGACUGUGGGAGUCAUCACGGCUACCACUGGGGUGUUACCACAGCUGUCUGUAGUGAAAUAUGACUGUAAUAGAUGCGGGUAUAUUUUGGGACCGUUUGUGCAGACUCAGAAUUCUGAAGUUAAGCCCGGGUCGUGUCCGGAGUGUCAGAGUGCUGGACCGUUUAUGGUAAACAUGGAACAGACAGUAUACCGCAACUACCAGAAGGUGACGAUCCAGGAGUCCCCGGGCCGCAUCCCCGCCGGACGCAUUCCUCGCAGCAAGGAGUGCAUACUGUUGGCUGAUCUGUGUGACCGGUGCAAGCCGGGAGAUGAAGUGGAUUUGACUGGCAUUUAUACUAAUAAUUAUGAUGGAUCGCUUAAUACUGAGCAGGGUUUCCCAGUCUUCGCAACAGUGAUAAUAGCAAACUACAUAGUUGUGAAAGACUGCAAGCAUAUCGUGGACUCUCUCACUGAUGAAGACGUAGCUACCAUCGUCAAGCUGUCCAAAGACCCAAGGAUUGGGGAACGUAUUGUACAAAGCAUUGCCCCGUCUAUAUACGGACAUGAUUAUAUUAAGAGGGGCUUGGCUCUUGCACUGUUUGGGGGGGAGCCUAAGAAUCCAGGUGACAAGCACAAAGUGAGAGGUGACAUCAAUGUCCUUAUUUGCGGUGACCCUGGUACCGCCAAAUCACAGUUCUUGAAGUACACUGAAAAGAUAGCGCCGCGAGCAAUCUUCACGACAGGUCAGGGCGCCAGUGCUGUCGGUCUCACAGCCUACGUCAGGAAGAAUCCUACUACAAGAGACUGGACUCUAGAAGCAGGUGCCUUAGUUCUAGCAGACCGCGGCGUAUGUCUCAUAGAUGAGUUCGACAAAAUGAACGAUGCUGACCGAACGUCAAUACACGAGGCCAUGGAACAACAGUCUAUCUCUAUAUCUAAAGCUGGUAUUGUGACGUCACUGCAUGCUAGAUGUUCAAUAAUAGCCGCGUCCAACCCGAUCGGCGGUCGUUACGACGCGUCGUUAACGUUCUCUGAGAACGUGAACUUGUCGGAGCCCAUACUGUCGCGGUUCGACGUGCUGUGUGUCGUGAGGGAUGAACCCGAUCCCAUGCAGGAUGCACAUCUUGCCAAGUUCGUGGUAUCCUCCCACAUCCGCCACCACCCGACGCAGCGCGGCACCACGCUGGAAGACAACGCGGCUCCCGACCCUGACUUCGUGCUGCCUCAGGACUUGCUGAAAAAGUAUAUUGUAUACUCUAGGGAGAAUGUACACCCUAAACUGCAGAAUAUGGAUCAAGACAAGGUAGCUAAGAUGUACAGUCAACUGCGUCAGGAAUCUCUCGCCACCGGCAGUCUACCUAUCACCGUUCGUCACAUUGAAUCAGUAAUCCGCAUGAGUGAGGCGCAUGCCCGCAUGCACUUGCGGCCGCAGGUGUCGGAGGAGGACGUCAACAUGGCCAUCCGCACCAUGCUCGAGAGCUUCGUCGAGACGCAGAAGUAUAGCGUCAUGAGGGCUAUGAGACAGACAUUCCAAAAAUACCUAUCAUACAACAAGGACCACAGUGAGCUCCUGUACUACAUCCUACGCCAACUCACAAUGGACCAGCUUGCCUACAUGCGAGGCCUUCACAAUCACUCACAGUCUACCAUUGAGAUUUCCGAACGAGACUUGUUGGAACGAGCAAGACAGAUCAACAUUUCUGACUUAAAACCUUUUUACGAUAGCAGGAUAUUCAAAAUGAAUAGCUUUACGUAUGAUGCUAAGAGAAAAGUUAUUGUUCAUGUUUUGCCUGAUAUGCCAACUGCAUCUAGUGCGUCUUCUUAAUAAAGAAUGUUUUUUUCUUUUCGAUUUUUGAUAUACUGUGU